AUGGGCUCUCCUUUAUCUCCCGUAGUCGCCGACAUAUUCAUGGAGGACUUUGAGGAGAAAGCCCUUCUUACUGCUCCUGUAAAUCCAAGAUUCUACAAGCGGUACGUAGACGAUACUUUCACAAUUUUACCAUCUGACAAAGUAACUGCAUUUUUAAACCACCUUAAUUCCAUAAACCCUAAAAUACAAUUCACAAUGGAGUUAGAGGCAAACAAUACUUUAGCUUUCCUAGAUGUUUUAGUCAUCCGAAAUCCUGAUAACACUAUUGGUCAUACUGUGUACAGAAAAAAUACCCAUACCAACCGAUAUCUAAAUGGUGAAUCUCACCAUCAUCCUUCACAGUUAGCUACCGUGGGAAAAUCUUUGUUUCAGAGAGCACGAGGGAUCUGUGACAGAAAACAUCUGGCCGCCGAACUUCAGCACGUCGAGCAAGUACUGCAAGACAACAAGCUUCGGAUCCUGCGCCUACGUCACAGUGACCGAGUGAAGCCAGCCACAGUCGAGCGUGUGCCUGCUGUACUACCCUAUGUCAGAGGAGUCACUGGUCAAUUUUUACCAUCCGUCAAGUGUCAUAUCCCUCUACAAGAUGCAGGAGUGUACAAGCUGGAUUGUGAAUGUGGUCUCUCGUACAUAGGACAAACAAAAAGAUCUAUUAAAACCCGCGUUAAAGAACAUAUAGCUGACGUGAAGCACCGACGUAUCGGGAAGUCUGCAGUUUGUGAACAUGUUCAAGAUCGUCCCCGCCAUUACAUUAGAUUUGAUAGACCACAAAUCCUCGCAAAAGAACACCGAUUCCUCCCAAGGAUGAUUCGCGAGGCUAUUGAAAUUAAAAAACAUCCUAAUUUCAAUAGAGAAGAUGGAUGGGUGCUGCCAUCUGCUUGGGAUCCCAUAAUUAAUAAAAUCAAAUCCAAACCCAAGUAUACCACUGCUAGACUUCAAGAUACUGUAAGCUCAUUCUGCGUAAAUCGAACCAAAAAUUAA